UGUCAAUAAAAUGUACUAAUUUAGAUCUUCCAUUUAUUAUGAACCAAGUGAUAGCGGAAGUGUUAAGUCGGUUUAAGUGGGAAAUGCCAAAUAAGAUUAAGUUAGAUAUCUCACAGAUUAAUUACAAGCAGUCAUUAUGUUUAACGAAAAGCUAGAAAAAGAGAUGAAUUCCUUAAAAUAAUAAAACCAACAAUUAAAAUAGACUGUGGCAGAUAAGGAUAAAUAAAUUUCAGAUUUUCAAGAUUCCCAAUCAAAAACAAUUAGUAAAUUGCAGUAAUUUAAUCAUAUAAUAUUUCAAGCGUUCUAUUAUCAGAAAACAAAAAAUUACAAGAAAUAGUGAUUUCUACCAAUAAAAACUUGAAAAAUUCCAAUGUCAAAGCUCAACAACUCUAAUAAGAAAAUAAUGUUUUAAAAUAAACAAUGCAAUAAUAGGAGGAAUAUCAUGUAGAAGAAAUGAAAAAAAGAGCUAAUGAACUUGAAGAGCAUUACUAAUUGAUGUAAAAUAUCGUUUCUGAUUUAACAUAACAAGUUUCAUAAUUAUGUGAGGAAAAAUAAAGACUAUAAAAUGAAUUAGAAGAAAAAAAUAAAUUAUAACAAAAAUGA